AUGUCAAUUCUAUUCACCAUAAUAUUUUUCUCAUCUAUAUUUCUGACUGAAAUCCAUUGCCUACAAUCAACAUCAGUAGCUCCACCGACAGGUAUUUCUCUAGCUUUCUGGCUGAAAAUUUGGUCUGAAUGUCGAAAUUUUCAGCCUAGAAGCUUGAAUUUGAGUCAAAAAUUGUUGAAAAUUCUGAUUUUCAGCUUCAGAAUCAGAAAAUUUCAAUUUUCCAGCAUUUUCCAUAGAUAAAGCCCAAAUUGUAGCUUCCAGAAUGAAAAAUUCACGAUUUUCCAGCUCGGAAGCUUGAAUUCCAGCAUUUUUAAAGCGAAAUGCAUGAAAAUUCGAAUUUUUCAUAAAUUUUCGGUCUGAAUUCGUAAUUUCCAGCCAGGAAGCUUGAAUUUCAGCUUUUUCAGUCAGAAACGCUUGAAAAUCCUAAUUUUCAGCUCCUGAAACUGAAAAUUUGUAUUUUUCAUAAAUUUUCGGUCUGAAAUUCGAAAUUUUCAGCCAGGAAGCUUGAAUUUCAGCUUUUCCAGUCAGUAACACUUGAAAAUCCUAAUUUUUAGCUUCAGAAUCAGAAAAUUUCGAUUUUUCAGCAUUUUCCAGAGAUAAAGCUCAAAUUGAAGUUUCCAAAAUGAAAAAUUCUGGUUUUUCAGCCAGGAAGCUUGAAUUUCAGCUUUGUUAGUGAGAAAUGCAUGAAAAUUCGAAUUUUCCAGAGACAAAACUCAAAUUUAUGCUUUUCCCCUUCCAGGUCCACCUAUAAUCUGCACCGCAAAACUCGAUGGAACAUGUGUAGGUGGAUGUGAUAUAACACCACAGAAAAAAUGCUCAAAAAUAUCCGAUUGUUAUGAGGGCAACUCGUAUUCCGGUAACUUCACCAGUUUUUUCUUGAAUAAUUAUUGCGAUCUGAAAAAUGGUGUUUGUUGUAAAGGUUGGUUUUUGGAUUCCAAAAUUUGGAAGCGCUUUGCCACGUCAUAACUCGAGUUUUUCCAGCUGUCCAGGAAAGCUUCGCCGAAACUUGCAGGCAUCAAGAUUUCCCAAGUAAUCCUGUGUUAGCAAUGCAAGAAGAUGUUUGCAAUAUUGAUGCCUCACCAAAUUGCACCAACAAAUUCGGAAAUCCUGGUGCGUGCCUCAAAUUCAGAAACACAUUUCACCAUUGUUGCCCAAAUUUCAAUAGCACCAUGGAAACCCCCGAUUUUCAAACAAAUAUGGAAUGCGAUGUAUCGACACCACUUCCUGAUAGAGAUGUUUACCUCAAUGUUUAUUGUAGAAAUGGUCAUAUUUACGUGGCCGGUUCAAAAACUACAGAGAAAAAUGAGGGGAUGACUUUGAAACCUUGCAAAAUCAAUUCGGAUUGUUCAAGCGGGAAAUAUUGUAUGAGAACCGUCGCAAAUUCAACUGCCCAAUGUCAUCGUGUAACUUCUCAAAAAACUCCUGCUGCUGCUGAUGAUUCUGGAGCUGUCACCACAAUUGUUCUCAUUGUUUUGGCUGUCGUUGGUUGUAUUAUCGCUGUCGCUGCUAUUCUUAUUUGUAAAUUGGCAAUGUGGUUGCUUGGCGUCGCUUUUGGCUUAUUUAUUCUGAUUAUCGCCAUUAUUAUUAUUCUCUAUUUCUGUCUCUAA